AUGGGCUGUUCCAUUCAAAAAAAUAAGCUUCCCUUAUCUCAAUAAACUAUAAAUGUAUAUCAAAUAUAUUAUUUCUUAGCUUUCAGAUACAACUCAAACUCCUUCAUCUUCAUAAGAUGAUACUGAGCGGUAAUAAAAUUUGAACACUCUGAAAUCAUUACUACGAAGCUCAAAUUUUUCCAUUUCAAAUGUUAAAUAAACUAAUUGUAGAAAAAGAGCUAUUCAUCUAUAACAAUUAUGA